AUGGGAGUGGGCGAUUAUGUGCACUCAAAAGAGGCUGGCCAGCCUCGACCACGCACAACUGAAGCCUCAAAACAGUCACGGCAGGCUCUAGCCGCACAAGCAAGGGUUGACGUCCCUCCAACAAAUCUGGUGGCGCCAGUGCCCCUGCCAAUCAACAAAUCAAUUCCCCUGGAGCAUUAUUCAACACCGGCAUUUAGCGAGCAGAUGCCUCAGGCGCCCGCGGAAAAUGGCGUGCAUAGAGACAUGUUUGACACCGAUGUGGAAGGCAUCGACGAAUCGACUAUCGCUGCGACGAGUGUUAUGGGCGCAGAGGAUGCUCCACUUCAAUUCCAAUUACGACCCGCCACAGUUCCUCAAUAUCAGGAGGCAGCGCCAGUAGCGGAUGAGAGGCCACUGCAUCCGUCUCGAUUGCCACGCCGUGCUUACGAUGGCAAGUGGUACGAGAAUCUUGGAGACAACGCUAUGAAAUCAGCUGGUUUCAACUCAGAAGAUGCCGAUGAUGCAAGUCAAUUGACCUCCAUGGCUGGAGACGAUGAACGAUCUGAUACAACUGAGGACGGGAACUACGCCCGCAGAUACAGAUCCUCCACCGAGGAACCAUUAAGCAAACGACUACAGAGCUUUUGGACCGCCAGCAGGAGAUCUUAUCAAAAUCCAGAACCACAAGCAUAUCCCGAACCAUCAAAGACUGCUGCUCCUCCUCCUCUGCGGCAAUCCACAUCCGACGCCAGAUUAUCGAAACAGGCUCUACCCAACAGGAAAGUCACACUGCCACGCAGUAUGACAGCAACUCCACGGACACGAUUCAGUCCACCAAAGCCAUCUCUCCUAGAACAACUGGACAUAACCCCAACUCGUCGAACCUCAGGUCCUCGACCCCAACCCGGCAAAGAACCAGGUAUCACCAGCACUACCAACCACCACCACCACCAUCACCAGCGCCACAACUCCGACGACAACCACCUCUUCGACACCAGCCGCGACAGCCUACCACCCCUAACCACCUUUGACAUGACCAACAUCGACGACCUAGACGUCGACCACGACGACGACCACGACCCAAUCAACGACCCAUUCGCCCGCCGCAACUCCGUCCAACGCAUCGUCUCAGACGACCCCGACUUCCAACCCACCAAGAGCACCAUCACCAUCGGCACCAGUACCAAAAACAAGAAACGUAACCUCGAAUCCGACUACCCACCGGAAAUCCUGCGCCAAAAAUCCUUCAAGGACCUCCAAUCCGAACCCUUCGACCACACCCCAAUCGCACCCGCCAAAUCCACCCCCACCACCACCACGCCAGCCCCCAACCCAGGCCCCAACGCCACCUCAGACGAGAAAAUCGACUUCCUACUAAACUCCGAAGACAAAGACCGCCGCGACUUCUUCUCCACGCUCACGAUGAACGAAUGGGAAGAUUACGGCGAUCUCCUCAUCGACCAAUUCAGCAACGCACUUUCCAAGAUGAAAGAUCUCCGCCAUGCAAGACGGAAAACAGCGGCGUUGUUUGAGGCGGAAAUUGCGAGGAGGAAUGAAGUGGUGGAGGAGCAGUCUGCUGAUUUGACGAGGAAGUUGGAGGAGAUGAGGAGUGGGGGGGCGGAGGUGUUGAGGGGGAGGACGCCUUGA